AUUCGGGAUUGCAGUUGAUAAUGACUUCGUUUACUGGACAUGUACGCGCGACUCCUCCACAAGUGAAAUCCGACGGUUAUCUAAGACCAGCAUGAAUCAGACUAAUCUAGUUGCCGACCUGGAUUUCAGUUAUGACAUCUACGUGCCCACGACAACGCCUUCCAACGUCACCAAUGCGUGUUCCUCGAAUAAUGGAGGAUGCCAGGAACUGUGCCUUGCGCACCCAGAAGGAAGGACGUGCGCCUGUCGGGAUACCUGGGAACUGCAGGAAGAUGGCGUGACGUGUUGCCUUUCUGGCUACACUCUCUACGGGGGCGCAUGUUUCAAAGCGUACAACCAAGAUAAAACCUUUAGCCAGGCCAGACAGGUGUGUGCAGCGGACGGGGGGCUCCUGGCCAUGCCGAAAGACCGAGACGUGGACAACUUCUUGAGAAGUUUGAAGAACGCCGUGAAUGAAUUAUCACGUUUCUGGUUCGGUCUAAGUGAUCAGAACGAUGAGGGUGAGUGGGUGUGGGAAGACGGCACUCCACACGACAUACUUACUGACUGGAACAACUGGCAGCCAUGGGAACCUAACGAUAACGAGGAAGGAGAAGACUGUGUGAACUACUAUGGUUCAGGCUGGAAUGACGCACCGUGCUCCUCUGUGUACAAGUUUAUCUGUCAGCUGAAAGAAGCGAUCAGUUGCUCUCUAGGAUACUUCCGCUGUGGACACGGACGCGCAUGUAUUCUGUCAUGGAAGCGUUGUGAUGGGGCCACGGAUUGUACUGAUGGGAGUGAUGAGGAGGGUUGUGUUUGCCUGCCAAUACCUGGGGAUUUUCAACUCAACAGCAGGCUGACAAUGCUAUCGAAUCAGCUGGGCCAAACGACUUUUAAUGAGAUACAAAAUUCCUCUAUCGUGGAGCUGCUCAAUACUUCUUACGUCAUCUCAGGAAAGUACCAUGCAGAGUUAGGAAAAUUCGUUUCGACGGUCAUUUUCCCGCGAUGCAAUGUCUCUGAAGACUGUUCUACGUCUUCAAAUUCAGACAACUCUAGCUCAUGCAUGGGUAACGUUACGGGUACACAACUUUUACCAUGCCGUUCGUGGUGCGAGGAAGUGCUCAACAUGGCUGAUGACUUGAUAAAGGACCAAUUGCCUCGAUGUGACUUGUUUCCAUCAUCCAAACACAACUGUUGGAAUCCAAAUUCAGCCAUGAAGGGAAAUGAAGUUUGCUACUAUGGCAAUGGCAUAAACUACCGUGGAACACGGAGUAAAACUACAUCUGGGGCAGAUUGUGUUGAAUGGUCGGAUGCGGAAGCUGGUUACUACAAGACAGAGUACCCCUGGGCUAACCUGGACAAAAACUACUGCCGCAACCCUACCGGUCAUGAUCGGCCAUUUUGCUUGACCGGAGACGGUAGCCAGGAGGAUUGUGACGUAAUUCCCUGUGAUGCCGAAGGCUGCUGGGACAGAGGUCCGCCAAACUACGGCAAGAGAAAUCCAAGCAAGAGGUUCUACUAUGUGGGAGAAAGAGUCACGUACACGUGCAACGAAGGCUACACACUUAAGGCAGGUUACACCAGAGAAGUGAGGUGCAUCGGAGGAGGCAUCUGGCAGUAUGAUAAGCCCAGCUGUUCAGUGAACCAUGAGCGUCGGCUGCAGGAUGACCUACUGGAGACCUACAGUUCAAGUCUAGCUCCUCCAAAUGUCACCAUCAACUUCACUGGGUCUGUGCAACUCAUCGUCGCCUUGGAUGAAAAGAAAGAGCAACUUGUUGCGUCUGUCGUCAUCGAUUUCACAUGGCAAGACAGCAGGCUGAGUUGGGACCCAAAGUACUACGAUGACAUCACGACGUUCAGCAUUCAGGGCCACAGAAUUUGGACUCCGAUCUUGACUCUACAGAGAAAUGCUGAUCCUGAGCACAAAGGCCUACAAAAGGAGGUACCGGUCCGAGUGAGCGACAGUGGUCAGGCAGAAUGGAGUGUAGAAACCCUGACUACCACCGUGUGUGAUGCAGAGCCCUUCUACUUUCCAGUAGACACCAUGGAAUGUCACGUCUGUUUUUCUGCAUCCAGUGCAAUCAAGCAAAUCAUUCAAUGCCAAGGAGGACGCCCUGCAGCAGACAAUGGAAACAGCCCCUGUAACUCGUAUUCUACUGAAACAACGGUGGGCGAAUGGUACCGAAAGGACAAGAUAUUCGCGAAAGACAACAGUGAGGCGUGCCUUGUUGUUCAUCUGAAGAGGAUCCCCAUGUUCCACAUCGCCACUACUGUUGGACCCUGCAUCAUCCUGGUUGUAUUGAUGAUCAUCACAUUCAUCAUGCCCUUGGAUAGGGGAGACCGGAUCUCGUUCGGAGUGACCAUUCUACUCUCCAUGGUCGUGUCUCUUGUAUUUGUGUCAGACGUUCUUCCUGUCAAGGGGGCUUUGCCAUUUUUCGCUACGGUGAUCAUCAUGUCCAUGGGCGUGAUGGGAUUGUUCCUCUUUUUCACUAUGGCAACCAUCGUUAUUCACGACCAAGAGGGCAGCAUGUCACCGAAGGCGAAGAUUAUUUUCCUACGCUACAUUUCAAAGAUACUGCUGUUGGGAGAUCUAACCAAUGAGAAGCGUGCACGUGAUGGAGAAUCUGGUCUGACUGACCCCACUGCCAUGGAGCUGACCAACCACGCCUUUCAAGCCGAUGACAUAACGGCAGCCAACGAAGAAAUACCAUCAACGCCUCCCACGAGUCUGGAGGUCAGCGUGAGGGAACUGAGUAUGGUGAUGAAGACCGAGAUGGAGAAGCUGACUAAAGCGGUUACUAACCUUCCUGAGGAGCUCAGCAAGUCCACGAAGGACGUGUCCGACUACACCCUACUGGCUAAGGUCCUGGAUAGGCUUUGUCUUGUCAUGUACAUCCUCAGCAUCGCGGCAUCUGUUCCAAUGGCCAUGUACUUGAGCAAGUAAAGGUCUGGCAUUGAUAAUGAUCAAACAAAACAACGUCAAUCAUCUUCAGCUGUUUUUACACGAUGAGGCCACCAGAAAGUCAAAUGAGUAUAUAUAAGCACCGUGAUCCUAUAGUUGCAUUCUGAGAACUGUGGAAUUUUGUCAUAAAACAUUAUAACAAUCACAGACCGUAUACUGUUUUCUAACAUUACCAUUCACUCUCAUACAUUCAAUUCGCACAUAGGUAUUCUUAAAUAAAUAACUGUCUAAAUCUGACGAGUGUGACAAGGCGUUGGAGCAGUUGAACUAGGCACGAUUUGGCAUAGUCCUGCCCAUUGAUCUAAAUUAUUUUGGCGAUUUAGUUGAUGUAGUAUAUUUAUAUUCGUGUCAAUUUACGCAUCUAUGCAAUUUUGACUACACUAAAGUGAGUUAUUGACAUUAUCCAGACACUCAGAUCUGAAUAGAGUGGCUUAAAAAUGGGCGGAAAAAACAUGUAUAAGAAAUAAAUGUUUCCUUUUCAAUCCCUGGCCCAUCAUUUAAAAAAAGAAAAGUGACCAAAUCAUCAAUUUGGUAGACUACCUGGCCAGAACAAUGGGUAGUUCACGGCUUGUUUACACCUUUACCUGGCUCUGGCUUACCUGGCAGACACAGCUUGGGUUGCUUUUAAAAAUAAUGCUAAACAUGUUUUCAAGCAUAGAUGGUGCAAAUAAUUCUCUUUACCCUAUUACAACUUUUCAAUAACAGUUGUAUGACACUAGUUUCCAAGAAAACUAUGGUCAGGCCUAUGAUGUAAUAAGAGACUAUAUCCCCAAUUCUAACAAAGGAAAAAAACAUUUCUCAGUCAGU